GCCGUCCUAUCUACCGUAGUCAUCGACCACGACUACAAUUUGUCUGUCGAGGAGGAGCAUGAUGUUCAUCACCUCGAAGACCCGACGAAGCGGAACUGCUCCCGAGACACCGACAUCAUCGACAAGUUGGUCAACGAGACGGGCUACAACAAGUUUCGAAUUCCGAAAGAUGACGGGAUGACGGUGUCGGUGGAGAUUUGGAUCCAGGCGAUAUCCUCCAUCGACGAGAUGACCAACGACUUUGAGAUGGACAUCUACAUCACGGAGACGUGGCACGACCCGUCGCUGCGGUUCGAGCACCUCAACCCGUGCAAGGGGAAUUUGUCGUUGAAUCAUCAGGUGCUCGACCGGUUGUGGACCCCGAAUAGCUGUUUCAUCAACAGCAAAGUGGCCCAGAUUCACGACUCGCCCUUUCGGAGUAUAUUUCUGAUGCUCUAUCCGAAUGGGACCGUCAUGGUUAAUUAUCGCGUCCGCGUCAAAGGUCCAUGCUACCUUGAUCUAGCCGAUUUCCCGAUGGAUAUCCAGGAGUGCGGGUUGAUCUAUGAAAGUUUCAAUUAUAACAAUCAAGAAGUGAAGAUGCGAUGGACAACUGAUGACGGGACAGCAGUCAGGACUUUGGCAGAAAUUACACUCCCCGAUUUUACCCUCGUCGGCAUUCGAACGAUGCAAAAAGAGGAGCCGUACCCCGCGGGAAUGUGGGACGAGCUGCAUCUGACGCUAGUUUUUGAGCGCCGUUAUAUUUGGUAUUUUAUGCAGGCGUAUCUUCCGACAUAUCUCACGAUAUUUAUCAGUUGGGUCUCCUUCUCGCUUGGCCCGAGAGCCAUCCCUGCUCGUACGAUGCUGGGCGUCAACGCCCUCCUGGCGAUGAUUUUCCAGUUCGGCAACAUUAUGCGGAAUCUGCCGCGUGUCUCCUACGUCAAAGCAAUUGAUGUCUGGAUGUUGGUGUCAAUGACGUUCAUCUUCUGCUCGCUGUUAGAGCUGGCGAUCAUCGGCUACAAGGUGCGCGAGAUGCCGCCGAAGCCGAAGAGCCCGAAGCGGAAAGAGAGCGAAGCCUAUGAAGCCUCACCAAAAGGGCUGUGCCUUUACGAAAAACGGUUCAUGCUCCCGGCGGCUUGUAAGAGUGAGCCCAAGAAAGACAGUAAAUGGAAGCGGCGAACCGGUUCAAACUGGCCGCCCGAGCGCAUUGACCAGAUCAGCAGCAUCAUGUUUCCGCUAUCGUUUUUGGCUUUUAACAUUUUCUACUGGACCUACUACGGGAACUCGAAGAAUAAGGAGAAGCCGACG